UAUUCUUCUUUCAAAGAGCCAAUUCUUUUCAUCUUAUCUUACCUACAUACAAGACAUGGCAACUCAACCUUUCUCUCCAUCAAGAACAAUGAUUUCACAACUACAAAUGACUAAUGUUGAAGAGAAGAUCAUCAUAGAACAAGUUAAGGAUACACAUAAUCCGAAUGGUGGCAUAGAUGUUGAUGCAAAUUGUCUUCUCAAGUUUGUGAAGGGCAUUUUCAAUUUGAAUACGGUUCCUCGAGAAGCAAUGAAAGACAGGUUACAGUUACAAGAACAUAUUCAAAAGGAGAUUUCAUUUGUUGUUUUACAACUCUCUUUUGUGAUAGCCUUCACUUGUGUAAGCUAUGAUGAUAGUCACUCAACUGCCAUUUAUCUACUAAGCUUGUUGUCAAAGUAUAUGUGGCAUGCUAAGGGAGUAAUGUUACUCGCAUGUUUUGCGAUCAUCCGAGGAAAAUCUAAAGUUUCUUCACAAUCAUGUCAUUGGAAAGGACUAUCCUACAACAUGGCUUCUCUAAGAAAAAGUGUAAACUCAUUGCUAUCCACUGAAAAUGAAAUUUUUUUGAAUGACUCAAUAAAGUCCAUGUUUGAUCUCACCGAGCUCAUGGUUGAGCUUCGACAUUCAUCAUCAAUGUUUUUGGCAAACUACUGGAUCGCAAGAAAUGUUGUUGCCUAUGCUCACCUUCUUAUUUUGGACCUUGAGCCACAAAAUCAGAUGAUGACAGAACUGUCCAACGUAUCCGCCAAAAUCAAAGAGAUUCUGGCUUCCAGCCUCCCACUACUAGAGGCGAAAAGGGCGGAAGAAAAUUAUCAAGCGUUGUUACAUGCGUUUGAUAAUUCUUCAAAUAUUUUGGACGUUCUUCAAUUGAUAUUCAAUGUCAAAAAUUAUGAAGAGAAGCCAAUUUUGGACCGUACUAGUUGGCCAAAUCGUUCAAUGGGAUUAGAUGAGUUUGAAGGGGAUGGAGUGCUAUUGCUAAUAUCAUCUGGCAAACAUUUCCCCUAUUUUGCGUAUCAUGCGGCGUCCACAGGAGUAAAGAUGAUUUGGGUUCCAAUUAUGAAGGGUGUGGAUGAGCAUAUACAAUUCCCUGACAGUUCCCGUGUCUACUACCGUGUAUUGAAUCCACAAAAAUGGAUUGCACCAGAAUUUGUAAGAUUUCUUAAAAACAAGUGCUUCUCAACUUCUCAAGUUGGGGGUAACCCUAUUGUCAUUUCACUGGACAAACGAGGAAGAUUGGUUCAUUCUAAUGCACUGCACAUGCUAUUCACAUGGAGAAUUCAACUUACUGAAAGGAGAACAAUGAGAUCAGGUGAUAUAAUACCUUCAUUAGAAAAUGAGUUGAGGGAAAGGACUUCUGGUGCUGACCGUGUGAUUGAUGACAUUGACAAACAAAUACAUUAUUUUGCGAGAGUGGUCCGCAAAAAGAUCAAUGAUUGGGUGGACGACAUCGAGGCGAAGAUGAAAAGUUCGUUUCGUUCAUACAAUUACACGCGUGAAAGAGAACAAGAGCUUUGGAUUAAAGAAUCUUGGAAUCUUAAGCUUGUAGUAGGAUGGUCCGGCUGGUACUACGAAAAGAUGCUAAACAAUUGGAUUGAUGGUGAUGAAAAGUACAUUUUCUUAUGCGGAGGCAAUAACAUUAAACGAGUACUAGAAUUUGUACUUAAGGUACAAGAAGUUCGUUCCAAAUUCCAAAUGAAUAUGAAAAUUGCAUACGUUGGAAGAAGAGGAGCAAUUUUUAGAGAGAUGAGGAGAGGAUGUGAUUAUAACUUUGACGUGUAUGAUUUUAAGCGCUUUUGGUCACGACUUUAUAGUGUGGCCUCAUCUAGGAUUCAAUAUUUAAAUAAAGUUGGACUUGAUGAAGGAAGUGAUGAAAUUUUACAAGGACUCAGGAAAUUAUUAUCUUAUGAAGAUGAAUGCACAACAAUUGAAUCAUGGGCUUUGUUGGGCAAAGGAAAAAGAAUAAUUGGAUGUGAUAUGGGAGACAAAAUGUUAGGAGUCUUGAAUGAGUAUGAGAAAUGGAAUAGCAAUGCACGUGCCAAUGAUUUUGAACAAGCAUUCAAGGAUUGCUAUGAGAUGCUUAAUAGUUCUUCUUCUUCUUCUUCCCAUCAACACUCUUGUUGUGCUCUCAAUUACUCAUCUAAUUUGGAUCAAGUUUCAGAGGUUGAGUCCUGCCCUCAAUGUGACCAGAACAUGCAUAAAGUUGUCACUUUCUCCUGUUGUCAUGGUCCGGCUAAUUAUUUAUAUUAUCUUUCGAAUAAAGACUAGCUAUGAAGAAUACUAGAGUUUGUGUUCUACUUGCACUGGCUGCGCUGUUAGAGUUGUUGUAGUAGUCUACAUGCAUGUAUUAUGUUUGUAGUUGUACGCUCAUGGUUGUAAUAUUAUUCAUUGAAUAUACAUUUUAAUUUAUUCACGUGUUCAA